AUGGACCUCGUUCAGGUGAGGCUUAUCCCACCCCGGGACCUCCCCCCACCUUGUUGCGGCGACUUUCCCCCUCCUCGGAAGUCUGUCCACUUCCCGGACGAUGCGGACCUCGUGCAGGUGAGGCUCAUUCCGCCCAGGGCUCUACCUUGUUGGAGUGAGAACAUCGGCGCAUUCGGCACGAGUGCGCUCCUGGAAGCCUUACCUGAUCUUGAUGGAUCCCCCAGUGCAUCGCCCCUCACGCCUGUACUCAAGUCCUUGGAUAUGCCAUUCGCACUCAACUCUCGUCGACAUUCACGUGUGGUCAUCCAAACCCACGUCCAGGUUGGGCGAUCGAAGGCGAGCGUUUCUGACUGUGAUCGGGCGGAAGGCAGCAGAACGUGUGGUGGCUUGAUUGUGUGGCAACUGGGGUGGUUGGUGGGUGUCGCUGCUGCGGGUCGGACUGAUCGAACGUCUCUGUCUGUGAACAUGCGGAAGGCACCAGAGCGUAGGGAGGCUCAAUUGGAUGGCGACGGGGUGGCUGGUGGGUAA